GGAAGUCCGUGUCUUUUCUCCGUCCCGUACGUUUGUCCCGCGUCGUUCCUGCUGGGCCGGAGCGGUUUGUCGAGGCGGUUCGCAGCGUGUGGAAGAGUGGAACCCUGAGUUUCCGCAGCAUCGGCCGCCAUGGCGGAUGUGACUGCCCGCAGUCUGCAGUACGAGUACAAGGCGAACUCAAAUCUUGUGCUCCAAGCUGACCGCUCUCUUAUCGACCGGACCCGCCGGGAUGAGCCGACAGGAGAGGUUCUGUCCCUGGUUGGGAAGUUGGAGGGAACCCGUAUGGGAGAUAAGGCUCAACGGACCAAACCACAAAUGCAGGAGGAAAGACGGGCCAAGAGAAGAAAGCGUGAUGAGGACCGGCACGACAUCAACAAGAUGAAAGGUUAUACCCUGCUCUCAGAGGGCAUUGAUGAAAUGGUGGGCAUCAUCUAUAAGCCCAAAACUAAAGAGACUCGGGAGACCUAUGAGGUGCUGCUCAGCUUCAUCCAAGCUGCUCUUGGAGACCAGCCUCGUGAUAUCCUUUGUGGGGCAGCUGAUGAAGUUCUGGCUGUCCUGAAGAAUGAAAAGCUUCGAGACAAGGAGAGAAGAAGGGAGAUUGACCUGUUGCUGGGUCAGACAGAUGAUACCAGAUACCAUGUGCUAGUGAACUUGGGCAAAAAGAUCACAGACUACGGUGGAGACAAGGAGAUCCAGAAUAUGGAUGACAACAUUGAUGAGACCUAUGGUGUGAAUGUACAGUUUGAGUCUGAUGAGGAGGAAGGUGAUGAAGAUGUGUAUGGGGAAGUCCGAGAAGAAGCUUCUGAUGAUGACAUGGAAGGAGAUGAGGCUGUUGUGCGCUGCACCCUCUCGGCUAAUCUCGUAGCCUCGGGAGAGCUGAUGAGUUCGAAGAAGAAGGAUUUACACCCUCGGGAUAUUGAUGCAUUCUGGCUCCAGCGACAGCUCAGUCGUUUCUAUGAUGAUGCCAUUGUGUCGCAGAAGAAAGCAGAUGAGGUGUUGGAGAUUUUGAAGACCGCAAGUGAUGACCGAGAAUGUGAGAACCAACUGGUUCUGCUCCUUGGUUUUAACACUUUUGACUUCAUUAAAGUGUUGCGGCAGCACAGGAUGAUGAUUUUAUACUGUACCUUGUUGGCCAGUGCUCAGAGUGAAGCUGAGAAGGAAAGGAUCAUGGGAAAGAUGGAAGCUGACCCAGAGCUUUCCAAGUUCCUCUAUCAGCUCCAUGAGACUGAGAAGGAAGACCUGAUCAGAGAAGAAAGGUCCCGGAGAGAGAGAGUCCGUCAGUCCCGAAUGGACACAGAUCUAGAGACCAUGGAUUUGGACCAAGGUGGAGAGGCUCUGGCUCCACGUCAGGUCCUGGAUUUGGAGGACCUUGUUUUUACACAAGGGAGCCACUUCAUGGCCAACAAGCGCUGCCAGCUUCCUGAUGGGUCCUUCCGACGCCAGCGGAAGGGCUAUGAGGAGGUGCAUGUGCCUGCCUUGAAGCCCAAGCCCUUUGGCUCAGAAGAACAACUGCUCCCUGUGGAGAAGCUGCCAAAGUAUGCCCAGGCAGGAUUUGAGGGCUUCAAAACACUGAACCGGAUCCAGAGUAAACUCUACCGGGCUGCCCUGGAGACAGAUGAGAAUCUGCUGCUGUGUGCUCCUACUGGUGCUGGGAAGACCAAUGUGGCCCUGAUGUGUAUGCUGCGAGAGAUAGGGAAACACAUCAACAUGGAUGGCACGAUCAAUGUGGAUGACUUCAAGAUCAUCUACAUAGCUCCUAUGCGCUCCUUGGUGCAGGAGAUGGUGGGCAGCUUUGGAAAGCGCCUGGCCACGUAUGGCAUCACCGUUGCUGAGCUGACUGGAGAUCACCAGCUGUGCAAGGAAGAAAUCAGUGCCACACAGAUCAUCGUCUGCACCCCUGAGAAGUGGGACAUUAUCACACGCAAAGGCGGGGAGCGUACCUAUACUCAGCUGGUGCGGCUCAUUGUCUUGGAUGAGAUCCAUCUUCUACAUGAUGACAGAGGUCCUGUCUUAGAAGCUUUGGUGGCCAGGGCCAUCCGAAACAUUGAGAUGACCCAAGAAGAUGUCCGACUCAUUGGUCUCAGCGCCACCCUCCCCAACUAUGAAGAUGUGGCGACCUUUCUGCGUGUUGACCCUGCCAAGGGCCUCUUCUACUUUGACAACAGCUUCCGCCCAGUGCCUCUGGAACAGACAUAUGUGGGCAUCACAGAGAAAAAAGCUAUCAAGCGUUUCCAGAUCAUGAAUGAAAUAGUCUAUGAGAAAAUCAUGGAACAUGCUGGAAAAAAUCAGGUGCUGGUGUUUGUCCACUCUCGAAAAGAAACUGGGAAGACAGCCAGGGCAAUCCGUGACAUGUGCCUGGAGAAGGACACCUUGGGUCUGUUUCUUCGAGAGGGUUCUGCCUCCACUGAAGUCCUUCGUACAGAAGCAGAACAGUGCAAGAACUUGGAGCUGAAGGAUCUUUUGCCCUAUGGCUUUGCUAUUCAUCAUGCAGGCAUGACCAGAGUUGAUCGAACACUUGUUGAAGAUCUUUUUGCUGACAAACAUAUUCAGGUUUUGGUUUCCACAGCAACUCUGGCUUGGGGUGUAAAUCUCCCUGCACAUACGGUCAUCAUCAAAGGCACCCAGGUGUACAGUCCAGAGAAGGGGCGUUGGACAGAGCUGGGAGCACUGGACAUUCUGCAGAUGCUGGGCCGUGCUGGACGACCUCAGUAUGACACCAAGGGUGAAGGUAUACUCAUCACGUCUCAUGGAGAGCUACAGUACUACCUCUCUCUCCUCAACCAGCAACUUCCUAUUGAGAGCCAGAUGGUAUCCAAGCUGCCUGACAUGCUCAAUGCCGAGAUUGUGCUGGGGAACGUCCAGAAUGCAAAGGAUGCGGUGAACUGGCUGGGCUACGCCUACCUGUACAUCCGAAUGCUCCGCUCCCCGACCCUCUAUGGCAUCUCUCAUGAUGACCUCAAAGGAGAUCUCUUGCUGGACCAGCGCCGACUAGAUCUUGUUCACACUGCUGCUUUGAUGCUGGACAAGAACAAUCUGGUCAAGUAUGACAAGAAAACAGGCAACUUUCAGGUGACAGAACUUGGCCGGAUAGCUAGUCACUACUAUAUCACCAAUGAUACUGUGCAGACCUACAACCAGCUGCUGAAGCCUACUCUGAGUGAGAUUGAGCUUUUCCGAGUGUUCUCCUUGUCCUCGGAGUUCAAGAACAUCACUGUGAGAGAGGAGGAGAAGCUGGAGCUGCAGAAGUUGCUGGAGAGGGUGCCCAUCCCUGUAAAGGAGAGCAUCGAAGAACCCAGUGCUAAGAUCAAUGUGCUUCUCCAAGCCUUCAUCUCACAGCUGAAACUGGAAGGCUUUGCACUGAUGGCUGACAUGGUGUACGUGACACAGUCUGCUGGCCGCUUGAUGCGUGCAAUCUUCGAAAUUGUUCUGAACCGAGGUUGGGCACAGCUUACAGAUAAGACCCUGAAUCUCUGCAAGAUGAUCGACAAACGCAUGUGGCAGUCCAUGUGUCCUCUUCGUCAGUUCCGUAAACUUCCCGAGGAAGUAGUGAAGAAGAUUGAGAAGAAAAACUUCCCCUUUGAGCGGCUCUAUGACUUGAAUCAUAAUGAGAUAGGUGAACUUAUCCGAAUGCCAAAGAUGGGGAAGACCAUCCACAAGUACGUCCAUCUCUUCCCCAAGUUGGAGUUGUCCGUGCACCUGCAGCCUAUUACACGCUCCACCCUGAAAGUAGAGCUGACUAUCACACCAGAUUUCCAGUGGGAUGAAAAGGUCCAUGGUUCAUCAGAGGCAUUUUGGAUUCUAGUGGAGGAUGUGGACAGUGAGGUGAUUCUGCACCAUGAAUAUUUUCUGCUGAAGGCCAAAUAUGCCCAGGAUGAGCACCUUAUUACGUUCUUCGUCCCAGUCUUCGAACCACUGCCCCCGCAGUACUUCAUCCGAGUGGUGUCUGACCGCUGGCUCUCUUGUGAGACCCAGCUGCCUGUCUCUUUCCGGCACCUGAUCCUUCCAGAGAAGUACCCCCCUCCAACUGAACUGUUGGACCUGCAGCCAUUGCCGGUAUCUGCUCUAAGAAACAGUGCUUUUGAGAGCCUUUACCAAGACAAAUUUCCUUUCUUCAAUCCCAUCCAGACUCAAGUUUUUAACACCGUGUACAACAGUGAUGAUAACGUGUUUGUGGGGGCCCCCACGGGCAGCGGGAAGACCAUCUGUGCAGAGUUUGCCAUCCUGCGGAUGCUGCUGCAGAAUUCUGAGGGGCGCUGUGUCUACAUUACUCCCAUGGAGGCUCUGGCAGAGCAGGUGUACAUGGACUGGUAUGAGAAGUUUCAGGACAGGCUCAACAAGAAGGUGGUGCUGCUGACGGGGGAGACUAGCACAGACUUGAAGCUUCUGGGCAAAGGCAACAUCAUCAUCAGUACCCCUGAGAAGUGGGACAUCCUUUCCCGGAGGUGGAAGCAGCGCAAGAAUGUCCAGAACAUUAACCUCUUUGUGGUGGAUGAGGUCCACCUUAUUGGGGGCGAGAAUGGGGUGGUGGUGGCUUCUCGAAGUCUCUGCUGGGGUAUGAAUGUUGCUGCUCAUCUAGUGAUCAUCAUGGAUACGCAGUACUACAAUGGCAAGAUCCAUGCCUAUGUGGACUACCCCAUCUAUGAUGUGCUUCAGAUGGUGGGCCAUGCCAACCGCCCCCUGCAGGAUGACGAGGGGCGCUGUGUCAUCAUGUGUCAAGGCUCUAAAAAGGAUUUUUUCAAAAAGUUUUUAUAUGAGCCAUUGCCGGUAGAGUCUCACCUGGACCACUGUAUGCAUGACCACUUCAAUGCUGAGAUAGUCACCAAGUUUGCUUUCACCAGUGGCGGGCCAGUUGUGGUGCUGGUGCAACUGGAGCGAGAGGAGGAAGUCACAGGCCCUGUUAUUGCACCUCUCUUCCCACAGAAACGUGAAGAGGGCUGGUGGGUUGUGAUUGGAGAUGCCAAGUCCAACAGCCUCAUCUCCAUCAAGAGGCUGACCCUGCAGCAGAAAGCCAAGGUGAAGCUAGACUUUGUGGCCCCAGCCACAGGUGGCCACAACUAUACCCUGUACUUCAUGAGUGAUGCAUACAUGGGAUGUGACCAGGAGUAUAAAUUCAGUGUGGAUGUGAAAGAAGCUGAAACAGACAGUGAUUCAGAUUGAGUCUGAGGCAUUCUCUCGUGUGUGGGGACAUUGAACCUGGAAACAGGAAUGUGGACAUUUCAGGGGGAACUGGUUUUGGAAACCAGGUCUGUCAGCCUGAGGUCUGGCCGUUCAGGUUGCUGCUGUUCCCAGUUACUUUCCUACUCUGGACCAAGCAGUUCAAGCUCUGGGUCCAGUAUUUUCAAGUGUCACGUCAAGCAUAAACUAUGUACAGUAGUUGGAGGCCUUUUUUUUUUUUUUUUUUUUUUUUUUUGGUAGUUCCUUGAGUCAUACAUUCUAAUAAAUAAUUUGGAGAAACUGUA